GUCGCACCACCCUCGCCAUUCCCUUCAGGACUAGCGCCCUUUCGCUUGCCAGUGAUUGCGGUGAUUUGUAGCAGGGGCCACCUGCCGUCAGCUACUUCAAAUAGGUAGCCCCUCCAUCCUCUCUACAACUCUAUCCAAGUUCGACAACUCCAUCAUUUGACCAGCAUCAACAUUCUCAAUCCACCAACAACACCCAUUCUCUCAAAUCCUCUUCAACCAAUAACCAACCUUCAUCAUGACUGGACGUAAGUACCACCCAUCCCCUUCCACAUCCUCAUCGCACUUCCAUCACCGCCUCUUCAAUGGCAUCAUGGAUCUUCAAUUCCCAGACGCGUCUUUCUCUCAAAACUUCAUGCUAACGCGUCUUCUUCACAGGCGGAAAAGGUGGCAAGGGUCUCGGAAAGGGUGGAGCCAAGCGUCACCGCAAGAUUCUUCGUGACAACAUCCAAGGUAUCACAAAGCCUGCGAUCCGUCGUCUUGCGCGUCGUGGUGGUGUCAAGCGUAUCUCAGCCAGUAAGUUCUUCAUCAACAUCCACCGCCAUCCAGCAGCUUCUAACAUCAUCUCCAGUGAUCUACGAAGAGACCCGCGGUGUUCUCAAGACCUUCCUCGAGGGUGUCAUCAGAGACGCAGUCACAUACACAGAACACGCCAAGCGAAAGACAGUCACCUCCCUUGACGUUGUCUACGCUCUUAAGAGACAAGGUCGCACACUUUAUGGUUUCGGUGGUUAGAUCCGAUUGGGUUCUUUCGCGCUGCUUCCUCGGUUUUUCACAAGCCUCUUUACGAAAUUUUCUUCCAACAAUCACAGAUUUGGAAGAUGGUGCGCUUUGGGAUGGUUUCAUGUUUUCUGGGUUCUUUUUUCUUUCUUUUUCGGACGGUGCUUAUUGUAUCAUAAGGGGAUUUGGCAGCAAUGAGUGGCUGUCCAUGGAAUAAUCAAUCCACCAAUCAAACAUCAUGACUUCAAAAUAU